AUGCCUGUCGACCAGCCUCCGGGAACCGUGGGUAACCUCACUCACGAACAAGAAGCCAAGUUGCAGGAAUUCUGGAAGUUAGCUCUCAAGACGUUUGGUGUCAAGUCCGAAGAAACAAAACAGUCGAGUGUUUCUUCCUUCAACGUUGCCGACGAUGACGAUAAGCAUGGACAAUCGAGGGAGUUCCAGCAAGCGCUUGCCGACAUGUCGCCAGAGGAGAUUCGGGUAACCUACUGGAAUAUGGUAAAGCAUGACAACCCCGAUUCUCUCUUCCUGCGGUUCCUGCGGGCACGGAAGUGGAACGUCAAGAAGGCCUUUAUCAUGUUCAUCUCGACAAUACGCUGGAGGAGCAAGGAGAUCAAGGUCGACGAUGAUAUCAUGAGAAACGGCGAGGCUCUUGCUCAGAAACAGUCGCAGAGCGCCGACCCUGCGGAAAAGAAGAAGGGUCAGGAUUUCCUAGACCAGAUGCGUCUGGGUAAGAGUUACUUGCACGGUGUUGAUAAGAAUGGCCGGCCGAUCUGCGUUGUUAGGGUGCGGAUGCAUAAGGCAGGUGAGCAGAGCGAGGAGUCCUUGGAGCGUUUCACUGUCUACGUGAUUGAAACGACCCGGAUGAUGUUGCCUCCGCCGGUUGAGACAGCGACCAUUGUCUUCGACAUGAGCAACUUUUCUUUGGCAAAUAUGGACUAUGCCCCCGUCAAGUUCAUGAUCAAAUGCUUCGAAGCAAACUACCCCGAGUCCCUUGGCGCAGUUCUUGUCCACAAAGCUCCGUGGCUCUUCUCAGGAGUCUGGAGCAUCAUCAAGGGCUGGCUCGACCCCGUCGUGGCCGGCAAAGUCCACUUUACUAAGAACGCCAGCGAUCUCGAGAAAUUCAUCCCCCGAGACCGCAUCGUAAAGGAACUCGAAGGCAGCGAAAACUGGGAAUACAAAUACGUCGAGCCCCAACCCGACGAGAACAAGGCGAUGGAAGACACGGCCAAACGCGAUGUCCUGGUCGCUGAGAGACAGGAGAUUGCCAAGGAAAUCCAGGAUGCCACUGUCUCUUGGCUUUCCGCUAGCGCCAGCAAGGACAAGGAGGCUAUCAGCUUGGCUGAAGAGCGGAGAAAUGGUCUCAUCAACCGGUUGAGAGAACACUACUGGGUGCUUGAUCCCUACAUCCGGUCUCGGUCAUUGUAUGACCGAACCAAUGUGAUCAAGGGUGAUGGAAAGGUUGAGUUCUACCCUGGCGCUUAA